ACUACGGAGACACGUCAACGCGACUGUGGCUGGUGUUCUCCAGGUGCUGUGGCUGAAGCUCUGAAGCCGCUCCGGCGCAAAGCCGUCGCAUUUCAUCCCGCCAACUCAGAAAAAAAGGGCCCAAACAACCAACAAACCAGCUCCAGCAAGCCUGUUGUCCCAAGCAUAUUGCAGAGGCAUUGCCAACUCCACCUCACCAUGUUCGACUACACCAAUUAUGAUCAUGUUUUUGGGGCGCAACAGUUCCCUUACGACCGCAAGUCCGUUCAGGAAAUUGACACCUACCGCAAGAGCCUCGAUGGCGCCCUCUUUAUCGACCGGGUCUUGAAAGCCUUGGGCCUCACCAAGGCCAAGACGUAUCCUCCCAAAACCGAGAAUGCUCUGCGUACUCUGCACCAACAACUUUGCGAAGCUACGAUGUCAACGCACCAUCGACUCUCCAUCUUUUACUACAUCUUGCUCGACUUUGACACGAGCCAGACUAGAUCCCAUGCUUCAUCAAAGUUUGCCGUGACGUCAGGCGUUCCCAAGAACUAUCAGAUCUUCAUGAAGGGCUUAUGGCUCUUGGACCACCAGCAAUUCGAGGCUCUGGAGCUUCUCUUUGAAGCCAUGUCGCGAACCAGCGUCACCGAGGCACUGUACUUCUCCAGGUCCCAUGCAGAUGCCGUCAGAGCACAGCUGUUCCGCCAGCUUAUCUCAAACGUGAUCGGUGCCCCUCCAAACGAAGAGACAGCCGCGCGGUCUACUGAGCUGAUUGGCCUGCCCUUUGACACAGCGGAAGAGGCUUGGUUCGAAAACUUCCUCUCUCGUGAAGAUGGAAAGAAGCUGAAGAGGGCGCGAGACACACUGCUUGUGAGAAACUUGGUCACGGGCCGGCUGAGCGAAGCUGUUCAGGACAAGAACAAUGGAGGCGGUUGGGGGGUGGUCUUGGAAGGCAUCAAGAGCGGCUUAGUCACACCUUGCGGGUCCCCCGGCCGCCUGCCCAAACCGUGGAUCUCACUGCGUCAACCGCUGCACCCGCCUUACACCAGAGCCCCUUCACCGUCAACCUCGCGCGUUACAUCUCAUUUUGUUUUCACUGUGACGGCGAUCCGCUGUGAUCAUGCUUCGCUUGCGCAACAUCUCUCCAUCUCUUGUUCCGCUCGGAGUCAACAUUGCCUCGGGACGAUGAACAACCCUCCCAAAGGAGUCAAAUUUGUCGGCUCCGACUCUUCGGGGCUUCCCUUGAAGCGGAAGCAGGUUCUACAGGCAUGUGAAUCAUGUCGCAGGAAGAAGAAACGCUGCAUCCACGGGGAGCCUCCGCCGUUGGAGGCCGCACAUGACGGGUCUGCGGGUUCUUCGCCGCCGGACAACGUUGGACAUGCUGUCGCGGGCUCCGGUUCACCAACCAAACAUCGCCACUCGGCAUCUGUCACCGCCGAUGCUGCGCUAUCCACGACCCCUGCCCGCCGUGAGUCGGCCACAGCAGGAAAUUUGGAGCCAGCGCAGACUCCACAGACGCGCUUCGUUGGCGAUCUCAACCCGGAGGGCAUGUUUGCCGAGGCCGCCGAUUCAGGUCCGGCCGCCAAUCCGACGCAGAAGGCCGAAGUUGGUGUUUGGCUCCCAUCGCUGAACGCCGCUUCCACGCAGUCGACGACGUCGGUAGUCUCGCGUCCGUCGGCCAUUAGUGACCAGGUCUUGCUGCCUUUUGUCAAGCAAAACUGUCUCACCUGUGUCCCACCGGAGAAGGACUAUAAACAUCUCUACAAGGUCUACCGACAGAAGAUCCACCCCAUUUUCGGGCUUGUCCCCGACGAUGCUUUAGAUGGCGGUGAUUCCGCCGCGGCCAUUGUCAUGCGACAAGUGACACUGUCUAGCUCUAUACGGGCCAUACUCGAUACAAGUCUGAUCUCAGACCGGACGGUGCACAUUCGUGCCUUGUGCAUGCUGUCGCUCUAUGUCCAGCCUUCAGGUGCUGAUGAGGCCGACCUGCCUGCUCAACUCGGCGCAAGGGCGGCACACCAUUCGCAGACCCUCGGGUUGCACCUCUUUCACUCGAGCAAUGAUUCGCUUGAUAGCCUUUUUUGCGCUGUCUGGGCCCUGGAUCGCAUUAAUGCGGCGACAUACGGACGACCUUGCGUCUUGCACGAGGGAGAUAUCGGUCCUGGGUUAGACGACUGUUUCCGCAGACAGGCGCCCUGCUUUCAACUCUUCUUAUCGGUCGUGCAGUGGCUAGACAAGGUGAUUGAGCUGUACCGCCCGGGUGUCAUCGCUCAAUCUCUUGAAGCGAAGCCUUUUAUCGAUCUCCCAGUCCUCGAGCCCAUGAUUCUCGACGCCAACGCUUUGCACGUCCCCACCCCGCUACUUGCGACCAUUGAAGUUUUCUACCAUGCCGUAAUUAUCCUGUCAUGCCGCUUGUCUAGACCCGGUCCCUCAGCACAAUACGCAUCUUCAGUACCACCGCCGUCGGCAAACGCACGACGUUCUCUCGCAGCCGAGCGAAUAUCUUCCGCCAUCCGCCGCGACCACUUGAGCCCGGUGCCUCUCGUUCCCUACGCUCUCUCACUCGCUCUCAGCGUCGAAUACCGCAAAAUGCGGCAUAGUGCCUUGCCGAUGUUCCGCGCCCGCGCCCGCAGCGCAUUCAAGUCCAACUCGGAGCUGAUGAAGAGGUUCGGUGACGUAUUCUGGAGCGCAAGGGUAGUCGCAGGACUGGGCGAGCGUAUCUUGCGAGAGAUGGAGCGGGCUGCAAACUCCCUUGCCCAGGAAGGAGGUGCCGCAUUACCAGCAGCUCUCGUCGACGUCCCUACCAAUGGCACAGUGGAGGAACCUUUGGUGAUGGACGGACAGCCGGCCGAGCCACCGUCAGCCCCCUUGGCCCCUGUUUCAGCCCCCGAAAUCCCGGCUCUGGACGCCAUCGAUUUUUCAAUUGUCGACGCAAUGCCGCAUCUAGACGUCUUUGGCCAUUUCGACCCCAGCUUCAACCUUCCGGCGGUAGACAAUGCUCUGGAGGCUAAUCUCGAUAUAGGGCUGCCCCUGAACUGGGGUGAGUGGGACCAGCUUGCUGGUUGA